CCGUAGUUGUGGGGGCUGAGAGCAACGCCUAAAGAGGGCUAUUUUCCGUCUGAGGAAAAACAAAUGUAACUUUGCUUCGCUAUAAGCUUGGAUAAAAGUUCAGCUCUAACCACUCAGUGACAGUUAUAGAAACGUUUAAAGAGAAGCUAACAGCAGAAAUGUGGAGACAGCAGGUCAAACGGUGGCAGAGUGCAACAGUGGGAGAGAUUUCCGAAACGGCUAAAAAAGGGGACAAAGAAUAUGAGCUGCGUCACAAGAUCCUGGAGGCCGAUUUCAACCCCAAAGUUCUGCUGCACAGAUUAGAUGUUGAGCAGAUGCUGAGGGUUAAAGAAGAAGCUCUUGUAGACCACAGACCUUGUGCUAAGCUGUAUGACCCAAAGCCGCCGCACAUUAAGGAGGAACAGGAGGAAGUCACUGCUACUCCCAUAAAGAGUGAGGAUGAUAAAGAGUCUCCCCUACUCCCACAGCUUUAUCAAGACCAAGAUAAAGGCAGAGAGCUUCCAGAAGAGAAUGAUGAAGGAAAAGAAUCAAUUAGGAUUCAAGAUCAUGAAGAUGGUCCUUUUUCCUCUGAUUCCAAAGACCCUGAGAAAGAUGAAGAGGACAAUGAUAUAAAGCAACCUGUCUUUGAGCUGAAAAACCUGUCAGAAUCUGGACUGAAAACUAUGGACAUGGACAAUGACUCAAAGGAGAGCAGAGCUCCUCAGUCAGAUGGAAAAAUUAACAAACCUUUUAGCCCCUUUACGUUUGCUGAAAAAUCUGCUCACCAUCGCUCUCUUCAGAAAGACAAGACAGAUUCAGAAACAGGAUCUUCAAGCUCUCUGGUUAAUAAGAUAUGUUGUACGGAGAAGAAAGAUGUGGACUCACAAAAAAAAGUCCAGAAAGGAGUGAAGUUUAGUUGUGAUGCCUGUGGUAAAACAUUUACCAGAAAACAAAAUUUAAAUACACACAUGAGAAUCCACACAGGAGACAAACCUUUCUGUUGUGAUUUUUGUGGACAUAGAUGUAGUCGAGCAGAACAUUUAAACAGGCACAUGAGAAUCCACACAGGACAGAAACCUUUCUGUUGUGAUCAUUGUGGACAAAAAUUUACCCGACAAGUAGGUUUAAACUCGCACGUGCGAGUCCACACAGGAGAGAAACCGUUUUGUUGUGAUCAUUGUGGACAAACAUUUACCCAACAAGUAGGUUUAAACUCGCACGUGAGAAUCCACACAGGAGAGAAACCUUUCUGUUGUGAUCUAUGUGGACAUAGAUUUACCCUUAAAGCAAAUUUAAACAGACACAUGAGAAUCCACGAAGGACAGAAGCCUUUCUGUUGUCAUCUUUGUGGACAUAGAUUUAGUCGAGAAGAACAUUUAAACAGGCACCUGAAAAUCCACACAGGACAGAAACCUUUCUGUUGUGAUCUUUGUAGACACAGAUUUAGUCGAGAAGAACAUUUAAAUGCACACAGGAGAAUCCACACAGGUGAGAAACCUUUCAGUUGUGAUUUUUGUGAACAAAGAUUUACCCAACAAGUAGGUUUAAACUUUCACGUGAGAAUCCACACAGGACAGAAGCCUUUCUUAUGUGAUCUUUGUGGACAAAGAUUCAGCUAUCAAUCAAGUUUAAACAAUCAUAUGAGAAUCCACACUAAAGGGUAGGUGGCUUAGAUAUGAAUACUCACUCAAACUGUCCAGAUGAAAUUUUCUGUGAAACAUGCAGUCAUUAGAGGCAACAGUCUUCACUUGCUGGUUUUAACAUUUCUCUGGUGGUUAAUUAUCAUAUUUUAAAUGUAAAACAUUUUAUAAAAGAUACAAAAAUGUUUAGUUGCAUGAUUGGUAUUUUCUUUGAUAGGCAAGUUUUAAUCACUGUAAUUUUGUUCUUUCUCCCCUGUAGCUGCUCAAAAUUAGCAAAGUUUUGUGACAGGAGUCCUCUCUGUUUUGUUUAAGGUCUCCCUUUUUAAAGCUGCACUACCGAACAAUGCCUUGCACACUAUGUUCUGCACAUAAAGGUUCUGCAAAUGUUUAUGUGUAAAACAACUCUACAUUUGUUAGGUACAUGUGCGUACCAAACUGACAGGGCUGUACCAGAUAUUUAUGGUAUGAAUACUUGUACCGUUACACCCUUAGUAUUUAUUGUUACAGUGAUGCAACUGAGAACAGCACACUGUUGGACACCCUAUCUCAAGUUAUUCAAGAUUGUAAUACAAGUCAAAGAACAACCUGUACUAAUUGGUGAAGAUUUUAAUGUAUUCCUAAAUGAGUGGAUAAAUAGAUGUCCAGCUUCUUCUUUACUCUUCAGUAAUCCUAGUGUAAGUCUAAUGAUUGAUAAUAGUAGCCUUUUAAAACUAGCAUGCUAACAUUGUGUUAUCUUUCAGUAACAUGUUAACAUUGUAAUUCUCACAUUUUAUGUGUCCAAGUGUUUUCACAAUAGGGGAUGUAUAUAUGUGGCACUAAUAAAACAUAAAACCUGUCA